UUAGUUGUAUAAAAUAUACCAAAAAAUUCCGGUACGCUUUGGCGGCGAUUCGCGAGUAUUUCAGUGAAAAAUAAAUAAUCUUUUAUAAUGCUGGAUCACAAACAAACGGAAGAGUUGACAGAUCAUGAAGCCGAGUUGUAUGACAGGCAACUUCGUUUAUGGGGCUUGGACUCACAGAAACGAUUGCGAGCUGCAAAAAUUCUUUUGAUAGGACUAGAUGGUUUCGGAGCAGAAAUUGCUAAAAAUAUCAUUCUAGCUGGAGUUAAAAGCGUUACAUUUUUGGACCAUAGAAAUAUGACAGAGUUGGAUAGAUGUUCGCAGUUCUUUAUUCCAAAAGAAGAUAUUGGAAAGAAUAAAGCUGAAGCAUCAUUGCCAAGAGCACAAAACUUGAAUCCUAUGGUUAACGUUAACGCAGAUUCAGACAAAGUUGACGAUAAGCCUGAUGAAUAUUUUGGACAGUUUGAUGUAGUAUGUGCUAUGCAUUGUACUAUCACCCAGCUGAAGAGGAUUAACCGAGCAUGCAGAAAUCAAAAGGUCAAAUUCUUUGCUGGGGAUGUAUGGGGAGGACUUGGUUAUGUAUUUAUAGAUUUACAAGAACAUGAAUAUGUAGAGGAUGUAUCAAAAUCAAAGAAAGUCAUGAUACCGGAAGGUGGAGAACCUGUGGGUAAAGAAAAGAUUGAAACCAUAACAGUUAGUGAAAAGCGCACGGAAACUUUUGUACCAUUUGAGUUUAUUCUAAAUGUUCCAAAAACAUCUUUAAUUAGGGAGGAAGAAAUCUACUAUAUGAUGCUAAUAUUGCUGAAUUAUCGCGAAAAAUAUGAUGAAGAUCCAUUGCCUAACGAAAGAGGCUGUGAAAACCUGAAAAAUGAAGCUUCUGCCAUUAUUAAAAAAUAUGAGUUAGGCGAUAAAAUAAAUAAUUUAGUGGAGGGCGAUUUGUAUGGACAACUCAGUCCAGUUUGUUCUGUCGUUGGAGGUAUCGUGGCUCAGGAAAUAAUCAAGGCGGCAUCGCAGAAACACGCUCCACUCAAUAAUUUAUUUACAUUUAAUCCAGAUUCAUCGUGCGGAGUUAUUUUGAAAUUGGGCUAUUAAUCGAACGUGAUGUGUGGAGCUGAGUAUAAAAGAUUUUCUAAUAAUACUGUGAUACACUGAAUAUGACAUUAUAUUUCCCUAUUUAUCCAUCCUUUUCGUACGUGA